UUUAUAGAUCGACACUUUCAGUGUGGUACUCAAACUGAGGACUUUUUUAAAUCAAACUUAUUUAUCAAGAUGAGACAUUUUCCGUGGGUUUUAACCGUUAAAAUGUUAAAGUAACUAGUUACAAGGCUACUUACAUUCAACGAUAAGGGCAAGCACUGCCAAGAUACUCCAGAUCGGUUUACGCAAGUCCAUUGAUGCGAGAGAUGCAACUGCAUGCACUCUGAGCCAGUCAAGAGUCUAGUCGAGGAGCACUUGUGUGGAAAGACCAGCCCCGGAGAUUCUGAGGAAAGAUGACUUUCUACGAUGGCAUUUACCCAUUCUACCCCCUACAAAGAACCUCCUUUAUCUUCGGCACCCACCUCCUCACCAUUAUCCUGGUCUUCCUGGUCCUCACGGUCAGCUUCCUUCUUAUUCUGCCAGGUAUCAGAGGCAAGUCGAGACUAUUCUGGAUGUUCAGAAUCAUCAUCAGUUUAUUCAUAGGCAUUGUGAUAGUGGCACUGAAUUUCACCAGCGACUGGGCUGAGGCCCGAGCCACCACCAACACCACCUACAAGUCCUUCAGCAGUGAGGAGGUGAACGCUGAAGUGGGACUGCACAUAGGACUGUAUGGUAUUAACAUUACUUUAAAAGGGAAUCCUGUGAAUCAGCUCAACGAGACCAUCAACUACAACGAGAUGUUUGCGUGGAAAGACACCAUCGACGAGGAGUACGGGAACGCCUUAGAGAGAGGUCUACCUAACCCCAUCCUCUAUAUCGCUGAGAAGUUUACCCUCAACAACCCCUGUGGCCUCAUCUACCAGUAUAGAUACUCUGGGCGUUACGCUUCGGCCACCCUCUGGACAGCGUUCUGCUGCUGGCUGGUAGCCAACGUGCUGUUCUCCAUGCCUGUCAUCCUGUACGCCGGCUACAUGAUGGUGGCCACCGCCGCUUUCAUCUUCUUCUCCGUGGCCUCCUUCUCCACCAUCAUGAACCUGCCUACCUGUCUGUUCACCAUAGGCACAUCUGGAGCCUUCCAGACAGAGUACAGCGGUUCUUUCUGGCUGGCACUGGCCACAGGUGUGCUGUGUUUAAUCAUUGGAGUCCUGGUGGUUCUGCUGGACUGUCUGAUCCCUGGGAAGAUACGAGACGCCUUCAGUGUCGGGGUGGACAACGACGAAGAUGAGGAUGUUUAUUUUGGAGAGGGAUACCUGAACUCCAACUUCCUGGCAGGAGUAACCACCACACCUUUGACAACCUUAGUGCUUCCUACAGAUGAAAUUCGGGAAGUCAGCCGCCAACCAUCACUCCAGGAGCUGUCAGUCAGACUCUAACAGAGUCGCAUUUAUAACCUCCUAUCCCCUGCUUGAAAUGUCUCCACCCGCGCUAUCGAAUCGCUAGCUUUUUGGCAGCGUAGUUGGCUAAGACGUUGUCAAGGAGGGGGGUCAAGUGUGUUUGCGGGGCAGAGGUCCCAGGUUCUAGGCGUGAGCUGGAUGGGGAGGAAGUG